CUCAGUGUAAGAGGCGGGGCACCAGAACAGAUCUAAGCACAUGAUGGAGAAGGGACAUUAUAAAACAGUCGUUCAGGGAGAGGCAUCCGAGUCUGACGAUGAAGACAUGAUGCCAGAUGCCAUUCCCCAGGGAACAGUUAUAUCUGGGGAGGCAUCAGAAUCAGAGGAAGAGGUGGACACCAGUCUUCAGGGGAGUCAGGAGUUACCUGCCUUGAAAGUUGACAGAAAUCGAGGGGAGGACCUCCAAGGCAGUGACCCAACCCAGCUUCCGAUCCUCACCACAACCCGCAUGGUGACAAGCAAACCAAAAUAUGACACGCUGCUGCACAGGAAGCUCAGAGAGAGAAAUCUUCAGUUCCAUGGCCACCUGGUGAGUCUUGGGAGCCACGCCUACCUGUCCGCCGCCAAGCACAUCAACAACACCACUCAGCAGCUGCUCAAGUCCCAUGUUGCUAUACAGGAUGUGUCUCACAACAUGAGGCUGAUGACCAAUGACCUGUUCCGCUUGGAAGACAAGAUCAACAUUAUCUCCUCCUGUAACCUUCUACCUGACAUCAACAUAGAACUGUCGUCAUAGCAACAUAAUUUCCUCCUGUGACCUGCUGCCUGACAUCAACAUAGAACUGUCGUCAUAGCAACAUAAUUUCCUCCUGUUACCUGCUGCCUGACAUCAACAUAGAACUGUCGUCAUAGCAACAUAAUAUCCUCCUGUUACCUGCCUGACAUCAACAUGAAACUGUCAUCAUAGCAGCAUAAUCUCCUGUGACCUGCUGCCUGACAUCAACAUAGAAAUGUCGUCAUAGCAACAGUCUCCUCCUGUUAUCUGCCUGACAUCAGCAUAGAACUGUCGUCAUAGCAACAUAAUCUCCUCCUGUGACCUGCUGUCUGACAUGAACAUAGAAGUGUCGUCAUAGCAACAUAGUCUCCUCCUGUUACCUGCUUGACAUCAGCAUAGAACUGUUGUCAUAGCAACAUAGUCUCCUGUAACCUCCUUCCCUUACCUCAGCUGUUGUCUCAGAAGCAGUACCAUCUUCUAAUAAAAUUCCUCCCAGAUGUCAACUAAUGUCACAGAAGCAAAGAUGUCUUCCCCACUUUCUCCCAUACAGGUAUUUGUGCAAUACAUAGUAAAGGCAGGACUGGCCUUAUUGAAGACAUUCCUCCAAGAAAACUAAUGGUACUGAGAAAAUUCCGAUGUGACUUGCACAGGAGUCCCCCUCCAUCUGAGAUUGUUUCGCUUCGAUGCCGACUGAAUCACGUGCGUGGACACCAUCUGCUACAAAUGUUUUCUCUACACAGAUUAACUUUGAAAAUUAUGUUUCUAUUAAGGUAUUUUGUCCCUUGUUGGAAAACAAGUUGACAAGUGGAAUCAAAAGCUCGAUCUCCUCCUGAAGAAACAUACUCACUGGUUGCAUGUGUUGAUUAAUGUCAUCUCUUUCAUUGUCUUGUUUAUGUAGGAUUUGUAAAUUUAGUGGUAUCAUGUUAUUUAUAUUAUUGUUCACAGCAAUGAAAUGAGUGCUGAUUUAUUUAUUAAUACUAUCUACAUUUUUAUGAUUAAGGGGUUUUAUUGGUUAAGAAUGAGCACCAUUCGAAUAUUGUUCUUGUGUAAAUAGUUUAUACAAUGUUAAUAUACAGCAACCAUGUCAUAUAUUCUACUCAAAAACAGAGCAUAUUUGAAUUCAACAAUAGUUUUAUAUAAAGAGCUACUCAUUUGGUUACAAUGAUGUAUCAAUGUGUUGAUUGUCAUUGUUUGAAGACUUCAUUUAGUAUUACAAAGUGUGCAGUGUCACUGGGUAACAGCAGUCAAGACACAGCACUUCAAUAUCGUGUAUCAGGUGGUGAAAUGGGGUUUAACGUCGCGUCCAAGAUAAUUACACUUAUAUAGCAACAUGCAUGUACGUGUGUGUGUUUGUGUGGCUGCUUGUACUAGACCAGACUGAUGCCAAUUUAUAGUGCUAACUCACUGAGAUACCAUGCCGCAGUUUAACAUGAAUAUCCCACUCAAUCACAGUAUACUGACUCCAAGCUUACCAGUCCUUGUUUUAGCCCCUUAAUGUGGAGCGCCAGACAGGGUAAAAAGUACCAUCUUUUAACAUCUUUUGGUAUGAUGUGUCCGGGGAUCGAACCCUGUACCUACCGCUCUCCGGAUGCACGCUCUACCACUAGACCAUGGAGGCGGUCAUAUCGUGUAUGAACUCGGCUGGAAUCAGUGACAGCCUGAUACCACCAACCCAUGGAAUCAUGAGUCCGCAUGAGUUGUCUGGGGAUGUUAUUCCACUCUGGUUGCAAGCCCAACAAUGUUUGUUUGACCUACAAUGUUUGAGGCUCAGUGCUAUGUCAUCACACACGCCUAUCAAUUUUGUCAGCCACAUGUUCAUUUGGGUUCAGACCUGGUGAUCUGCAUGGCCACGGAACAGGAAUGUUGUUCUGUGCUAGGAAAUCAGUUGUGAAUCAACAGUGGUCGAACCUUGUCCUGUUGAAACAUGAUGUUCAUGAAUGGAAGGACAUAUGGCUGAAUGAUCUUGUUGCGGUAACAAACAGUUGUUAACUGCCUGGGACGUGGACAGGGGAUGUCUGAUGGCCCACGUCAUGACGCUGUCACCAUCAAAUCUGUCCACCUGUUGAACACAGCUUGGCGCCAAACAAUCAUACGUGGCCUGUAUACCCAUGCUCUGGACGUCAUGGGAGAAAUCUUGAUUUAUCACUGAAAACAUCAGUCCUCCUCCACUGUCGAGGCCAUCCUGAAGUAAAAGUUGACGUCGGUGAAAUGCCAGAACAACAUGUAAUGGUCUGUGAGCUCCUUCUCUCAAAUAAUACCUGAUGGUGCGGUCAGACAUUCUGCACAGACUUGCUUUAGUGGCAGAUUGGACUGAGGAGCAGUUUGGCAGGUCACCAAAGUGGACAGGUCCUGGGAAGGUGUGCCCACCCUUGGUUCCAGAAUGGGGCAGGUUACGUGUUGUUCCUUGUACCGGGUGAUGGUGCCAAGGCGUCCUAUGGUGCUCUGUGAAACAUUCACGUUCACACCAUGGCUGACUGAGAGCCUCCAAAUGACCAAUGGCAAUGUUCUGUUGAGCCUUAGCAAUUAAGUCCAGGCAUGACUUGCAACGUUCACUGCACCUUGAGUAUGUGAUAAAACAUGAGACCUCUUGCACGCUUAUAGUGACUGAUGUGCUUGUUGCACUUGCAUCAAAAGUUCAGUAAGUUUCAUGGGACUCUGAUUUUUAAUGCACUAACAUUUCAGUAUUCUGUCCUAAAUGUGGUGUAUUCCAGUAUGAAAACCAACAAUAUUCACAUUGGUAUCAUUGUCAAUAAAUGGUUUCACAAUCUC